ACAACACAAAAACAAAAAUCACAAAAUUAUUGACAACCGACAUACGAAAAAUUAGUAUAGUUUUGUAUACAUGUUCGUAGUUUGUACAAUUGCUGGCUGCUCAAAAUUAAUCGGCCUCCAUCUAUUGGCCACUUGAAAAAUUUAAAGAGCUUAAAUUCCGCAGUAUAUCGGGACCGGCCAACGCCAGCGAAAGCGCGAAAUGUUCAAAAACACAUUUCAAUCUGGAUUCUUGUCCAUCCUCUAUAGCAUCGGCUCGAAGCCUCUCCAGCUAUGGGACAAAAAGGUGCGCAAUGGCCACAUAAAGAGGAUAACGGACAACGACAUUCAGAGCUUGGUGUUGGAAAUAGUUGGUACCAAUGUAAGCACCACGUUUAUCACAUGUCCGGCUGACCCAAAGAAAACACUUGGCAUCAAAUUGCCAUUCCUGGUGAUGAUCAUUAAAAACAUGAAGAAGUAUUUUACAUUUGAAGUGCAGGUGUUGGAUGACAAAAACGUUCGCCGUAGGUUCCGAGCCAGCAAUUAUCAGUCAACUACCCGGGUGAAGCCCUUCAUUUGCACAAUGCCCAUGCGCCUGGACGAGGGCUGGAAUCAGAUUCAAUUCAACUUGUCUGAUUUUACGCGUCGAGCCUACGGCACAAACUAUGUGGAAACGUUGCGCGUGCAAAUCCAUGCCAAUUGCCGGAUCAGACGAGUAUAUUUCUCAGAUCGACUAUACUCGGAGGAUGAGCUGCCGCCAGAGUUUAAAUUGUUUCUACCUAUACAGAAACCCGUACAAAAAUCAAAUGCUAUAUGCAGUUAAUUACCUUUACAGAUCAUGCCUCAACCUAGAGCCUUUAUGAAGCAAAAUUUAUCUUAUUCACGUAACUGCACCACACUGCAAGCGGCGGCAUAUUUAUUGACAUUUUAUGUAUACAUUCUUAGGCACAACAAAUACACCCAGAACUGGCAAUAAAAAUUUACAAUGGAUGAUUUUAA